CCAGCGCUAUCUGAAAUGUGGCUUAAAAAGCAUUUACUGGCAGUAGCAUUGCUUUUGGCCUGUGUGAUUGCUACGACCCUGUUCCAGUUUCGUGCCUUUCCCGGCCUACCACUGCAUCAGGCACCAAUUGCAGUGCGCCUUUCCAAAGUCAAAGAGAAGCUCAAACAAGAAAAUUCCAAGUCGCUACGACCAGACCCGGAAGCCCUUCACCAAGAGAGUGGAACAUCGACCGCGCGAGGUAGAUGCGCCAUCAAUCUAUUUGGGUUACCCAGAGCUUUCCAAUCACUAGUAUUGCCUUCGCUUGUUCAAAACGUGCUGUCUCCUAACUCUCUUUACCAAUGUGACUAUUUUGUGCAUUACUACUUCUUGACAUAUGAAGAAGCGGGACGAUCGGGCCUUGGUGGCCGCAUUGAUCCGGACGAAAUCUUGCUACUGGAACAAGCCGUUAGAGAUGUCUCGCCAAAUUCGGUCAUCUCGUUCCGAUUUGAUCACGAACAGGCCUUUUGGGAUAAAUACCAACCAUUCAUUGACAAGAUACGGACGGCCAAAGAUACAGAUGGACGCUUUUUGUAUUUUCCUUGGCGUGAUACAUCGUACGUUUAUCCAGAAACGCUAGAUAAUAUUGUCAAAAUGUGGCACAGCAUUGAGUCGGCUUGGGAAGUAAUGACGAAGCAUGAACUUGAGACGUCUUUGCGGUACGAUCGCGUCGCCGUACUGCGCUCCGACGUUGUCUACGUAACGCCAAUCGACGUUUUUCAAGACAAUUGGCGACUAAUCAAUGAUAGCGACCGAGUAGCUGUGGUUCCUGCCUUUGGUAGGUACCCAGUCAAUGAUCGCAUGAUUGUGGGACCGCGAGAGGCCGUGGAAAUAUGGGCUGCACAGCGAUUUAACCGGCUGGAGACGCAUAUAAAGUUUGUGCAGGAGAAUCAUCCGGGAUGGGGUAUGCAUUCAGAAAGAUUUAUCAAAUGGACGAUAAAUCCGGCCAUUCGAGAUAGCAACACAACCAUAGUCGAAGACGGCAAUAUAUGCUUUUUUCGCGUCCGUGCGGACGAGACGGUGAAGAUCAAUGAUUGCGAGGACGGCAAGAGUGUGGUGGCUGCUCCAUCAAUUGUUGAGAAUACAGGUGAAGGCAAGGCCAAACUGUUGGAGUCGAUCCUGGGUCGCAAAUGUUUGGUCCGGCCUCCAGAUUCAGCGUCUACCAGUUUGCAAUGUCCAAAAAACAUGACAUGA